GUCUUGCUCAGCCCCCCCGGCUCCUGGUCAAAAGCCUCUCGUUGGAGCCCACUCCUGAACCUUGCUCUCCAGAAGUCCCCCAGCGGCUCAUCUCUGAUCCGGGCCCAGAGAGCAAUGAAGGGGAAGUGACUAAGUUCCGGCCGCUGAAACGACCCCCAGGACCCAAACCGCAAGUUCCUCCCAAGCCAGCCCAUCUGCAGAGCAUUCAAUUGCUACGGCUCCCUGAAUCCAUCCCUCCGCCCCCGUCGCGACCUCUCCCAGCUGACCCCCGCCUGAGCCGCAGUCCUCAACCCAAGGAUGGAGCUGGGCCUUUAUCUGCUGUGUCUUCUCUCAUUGAGAAGUUUGAGAGGGAACCCAUAAUCCUGACAGUAGAACAGCCCCCUUCACCGUGCCCCAGCCUCGAUCUCCCAACCCCCGAGGCAGGUUCCAUGGAGCCCUCCUUGGACCGCCCAGCUUUGCUGGAAUCAUCUGAUUUGGCUCACAAACUCUUGGACCUUCUGGCACUGGAGGGGGGGCAAGAGGCUGUGGGGGGCGCCCCCUGCCUGCCCUCCCAUGACGGGGGUAAGCUGGCCAACCGGGACAGCGGCAUCGACAGCAUCAGCUCGCCGUCCAACAGUGAAGAGAUCUGCUUUGGGGGCGACGAGGGCACGGGAGAGGGCGCGGGGGCACCCGCUCCCCCAGCCGCCAUUAAACGCCGCUCGACCCGCGAUUCUGAGGGGGACAGUGACAUGGAUGACGGCAGUGGGGACGAAGCGGAGCUUCUGCCUGAACUUCCGCUACCACAGGCUGAAAGACAGGACUCGGAUGAGAUGACAGUGCCACAGAAGGUUUUCCGAAUUGCCAACGAGCUUCUCCAAACUGAAAAGGCCUAUGUGUCUCGUUUGUAUCUGCUGGACCAGGUCUUCUGUGCUCGUCUGCUGGAAGAAGCACGCAGCCGAAACUCCUUCCCAGCUGAAGUGGUGAUGGGCAUUUUUGCCAACAUCUGCUCCAUCUACUGCUUCCACCAGCAAUUCCUGCUCCCAGAAUUGGAGAAACGCAUGGAAGAAUGGUAA